AUGGGGAACUAUAGAGCCGAUCUGCUUAAGGAUCAUGCGAACUACGAUUACUUCUACCUAGAAUUGUUUGCCUCUACUACAUGGGAAUGGAGGGAGCUUCGUAAUAUCCGGUUAUCAUCUUAUGUUUAUCCUGUUUCGGAUGAGGCAAUUAUAAGUGGAUGUGUUGUUUACUUCUUACUGUCUAACUAUGACAUUUUGCGAUUCGAUAUCUCUCGUCAAAUUUCUUCAAGUCGCCAACGUUUUCUUCACAUCGAACUCAUGGGGACAGUUGUUGAUUCUGCAAACAAGGAAGAAAGCAAAAGUGUACUUAGUGAAAAGAAGCCAAAGGUUGUGUUUGUUUUAGGAGGUCCAGGUAGUGGUAAAGGCACACAGUGUGCGAAUAUUGUAGAGCACUUCGGAUACACACAUUUAAGUGCUGGAGAUCUUCUUCGGGCAGAAAUAAAAUCGGGUUCCAAAAAUGGGACAAUGAUCCAAAACAUGAUAUCAGAAGGAAUAAUUGUUCCUUCAGAAGUAACAAUUAAACUUCUUGAAAAAGCAAUUAUGGAAAAUGAGAAUGACAAAUUUUUAAUCGAUGGGUUUCCUCGUAAUGAGGAAAAUCGUGCAGCUUUUGAAUCAGUUACCGGAAUUAUACCCGAAUUUGUUCUUUUCUUUGAUUGUUCUGAGGAAGAAAUGGAAAAACGCCUGUUGGGUCGUAACCAGGGUAGAGUAGAUGAUAACAUUGAGACAAUAAGGAAACGAUUUAAGGUUUUUGUCGAUUCUAGUCUUGCUGUUAUCGAGUAUUAUAACUCUAAGGGGAAGGUCAAAAAGAUUGAUGCCGGUAAGCCCGUUGGAGAAGUCUUUGAAGCCGUUAAAGCUGCUUUCGCCCCCGCCAAAUAACAUGUUUGUUACGUACAAUCUGUGUAUCAGGCGCACUCCUGAACUGUCAGCAGUUCAGGACUGCGCCUGAACUGUCAGAAGUUCAAAACUGUCAGCAAUUUAUUCGAGGGUUACUCCGAUUCUAUCAAAGUUGUUAUAUGUGUUAUGAUUAGUUUUGUUUUGUUUUUUUUUUUUAAAAAGGAAUACGUAUUUACGUG